AUGAAUAGUUAUUCUGGAAGUGCUUCUGAAGAAUUUAUCGGAAUAGAUUAUCAGAAAAAGAAGAUUUUGGAGCUGAUUAAGCAAAAUCGAGUAAUAGGACUCUGGGGCAUGGGUGGUAUAGGCAAAACCACCCUUGCUGAUGUUGUUUAUAAGGAAGUCUCUAACACGUUUGAAAGUUGUUACUUUCUUCAAAAUGUUAGAGAGAAAAUAGAAAAAAAAGGGAAGGAAUCCGUGCGAAACGAAUUUAUUUCCAUACUUUUAAAGGACAAAGAAAUUCGUAUAGACACCCCUUCCAUAGGGUACCCUUACAGGGAGAGGCUGAACAAUAUACGAGUAAUUGUUGUCCUCGAUGACGUUAAAGACCCAGAACAAGUAGACUGGAUGGGUGUUAAACAUUUUGGUGAUGGAAGUAAAAUUAUUCUAACGGCUAGAGAUAGACAAUUGAAUCCUUCUGUUGAUUUUCUACAUCUAUCCUACGAGUUUGUACGGUUAGCCCAUGGCAGUCCACUUGCUCUUAAAGAUUUUGGGUGCUAA